AUGAGUGCACGGGGGUACGACAGCGAUGCUCAGUGUAUCGGAACUCCGCAACAUCUCAGUCCUUUGAAUGCAUCACCUAUUAAUCCAACCUUCCGCAGGAUGGGGUUAAAUGACAUUAUAGAGCGAAGUCGUGAGCGAGAGGACUCGGAGCUUUGGGCUGAAAAUGGGGUUCAGACUCAUGCAAAUGGUCGUGAACCUCCUUUUGGAAUGCAUUUUGUACCCACUCCCCCGGGAAGUUUGAGAGGACGACCACGAGUCACUCGUGCGAAGCCUGCAACUGCAACGAGUAGUCAAUCUGUGCCGUCGCUUGGAGAUAGCCGAUCGGGUCAGCAAAACAGCUUUACCAAAUCGCUUCCGAGCCUCCAUCCUAGCCAAGAGAUUGUGCCAGGUCAAGAGCAUCUUCGGGCUCGGGAUGGCGUCGUCGGUAGCAGUGCUGAGAACCUCCAGGGUCUUGGGGCUGAUUGGCUCCAAUAUAUGGGAGGAAGUCCUCAGGGUUAUCGCACGGCCUCGUCGGGGUCCAUAUACAACCCAUCCCAAGACCUUUCAGUUUCAAAAACAAGACCCCAGCCAAGCUCUCAUAGAACAGAUCAUGAACCCCGAGUUCCGUGUCUGGGUGAUAUGGGUAUUUCGCAAAGGCUCGCAGGUACAGCCUUGGGGUCUGGACAGACAUCAGCCAAUACAUCCGCCUCGGAUGUGACGCAUCAAAAUAAAUACGGGUCAUUCAUGGCUUCUCAAGAAAAUGUGGCUUCAUCUUCAAAGUCAGAAGCAUCAACAAUCGUAGGUCUCGAAGCUCAAAAGCAGGCAAUGCUUCACAAACGAGACGUUUCCUCAUUCUACUCACGACAAAGCAGCAACCCUUCAGGAGAGGCAUCCCCAGCUGCCCAGUCACUCAGAGCUCGUCCAACAAACUUGAGAGGCAUUCCAGUAUUCUAUCAAGAUAUGCUUGACAAGACCCAUGUCAACAAGCCAUAUCCGAGAAAAGAGUCGCCAAAAGGCAAGUUUGGUGAGCAUUUUAGGGAUAGCAACAUGAUAUCAGUCCAAGACCAAAGCACACCCAGUGAGAUUGCAGGGCAGCGGAAGGUCAGUCCAGGGUGGAUGACUGGAGGCCGACGGAUGGGAUAUGGAUAUUCCAUGGUUGACAACGCUGAAGGGGAGCCACGGCAAGUUGAUGGAGCUGGCAGUCCACUUCCACACGGGGGCUGGCGCAAUCAGACCCCAGAACCGACACCUGGUAAUAUUCAAAUGCGUGAGAUGAAUGCAUCUAUCCAAUAUCAAACCGGCAUGACACAAUCACCUGGUUCGGGUCCUCCAGAGCAGGGCCCGUCUGGCAGCCCGUCUGAUAAUCGUCGCUUCUUCACUCCCAGAAGUCCUGACAAGGCCUUGGAUGAGUUCAUUUCGACACCGGAACGGUGGGCAAGAAUCCAAGGUCGUUCAGCCCAAGCUUACAACUCGGCGCCUCUGCCUGCGGAUCUAGCAGCAGAUAAAAUGACCGUUGCAAACCCACUGGGUCCAAUCCCAAUACGAGAUCAGCAAAAGGAAGACUUUUUUCGCAAGGGUGUCGACUAUGUCGAAGAUUCGGAGACCUUUCUGGGUCGAUGGACAAAGAAUAGCCGUGGCAAGGAAAUAGUACCACGGCCGCUCAAGAUCAACAAGGGCAACAGUUUCAAAAGCGAACAGAGACGGUCCUCUCAAGAACUUCCACCGCCAGUACAACACCGAUUCUCGAUGGAUCAGACAAAUCGGCCUCAAUCUGUAUACUUUGAUUCUCGGGACGACGGGGGUACAGAUCAAGUGGAAGAGACCCCGACACGUUCCCGAAGUGGACGUUGGAUUCUGAGGUUUUCGAGGAACAGAGAAAGUAAGCGGCGUUCGAAUCUCCCUCCGAAAGAGCCAUCUCAGAACUCAUCCAUGGAGUACGACGACAGUGGGCGUCAAGAAUUGGGAAGAACCAACUCCACCCGAAGCGAUAUGGCAGAGGAAUUGGCGAGCGCGUAUCAGGAAUGCAUUGCGAUGCCAGGGGCAUUCUAUGGCAGCAAAUGGGCUAGCCGGACUAGUCUGGUUGUGGAAGCUGAGUGA